GUUACGGUUAUGUAUGUUGUGUUUUUUAGGUUAUAUAGUUAAAAAUUUUGAAUUUGAGUUAUGGAAAGAAUUUUGAGAGAAUUUAAAUCCUCUAAUAAUAGUUGUUGUGACUGUUAUGAAGAGAUAAGUUUAAUAACAUAUUUAGCAAAUUUGACUCAGGAUGAAAUCAUUACGAAUGAAAUAGAAGCUGCAUCAAAUAUAUUACACUGCGCUCUUACAAGUCUCUACGAAAACCAUUAUGAUAUAAUUCAGGACAUUUUCAACAAAAACAGCUGCCACAUUACUUUAAUUGAGAAAGCUAGUGGAAGCAGCUUCAACAUUUUUAUAAAAGACACAUGGCUUUUUCAAAUAAUCCUAAUAAAUUCUAUAAAACAUACAGAUAUCGUAAAUAAUGGUCUAAACCACUCGCAUCUUGAUUUGCUUACAUUGGUUGUUGACCACAUCCUUAAAAAUAUCGAUAUAGCAAAACCAUUAUCGUUACAUUUGUUAAGAACCUUAUUAUUAAUUAUUACCAAGCGCAAGGACACUUUGCUACCAAAUUUAAAUAGAGAAAUUCUGAGCUGUAUGAACAAAGUAGCUGUAUCACCGAUUACGGUGUUCAGGCAGUACGCUCGUGAGAUAUCGAAGCAAGUUAUUUCAUCUCUACCUGCAGAAGUAACUAUAUUUUUAGACAUUUCUUUAUUGCCCAUGAAGGGCAUAGAUAUGUACGAUAUAGUGAAACGUUUCCCAAAAACAUUCAUUAGAGAGAACCAACACCACAUAGUUAAAAAAGUUUUGAGCAUGUUUCUGAGGAACGUUGAGAGUAAAGAUGGAGGUGCUUUAUACGAGUGUCUUCUUUUUUACUCCUUUGAAGAGUGGGGAAAGGAAAUUUGGCCACUAUUUCUGGAUAGUUUGAGAUAUAUCGAUUAUGAGGGGUAA